AUGAAAGACUCCGCAGACACCUCGCUGCCCGCUCCACCAGCCUACACCGACGCCGCCGCGCCCUCCAAGGGCACCGGCCCCAGCGCGGCCACCGCCGCUGCCGCCAGCCCGCCUCCCGCCUCGCCCUCCUACUACCAGACAGAUGAGACCCGCGAUUUCAUCCCCGACGACUUCAAGUUCUCCACUACCGUGGUCUCCUGCGAGCCCGUCGUGCGCCGCUGGUUCAUGCGCAAGGUCUACACCCUUCUGUCCUGCCAGAUCCUGUUCUCCUUCGCCUUCAGCGCCUGGGUCAGCCACACACCCGGCGUCCAGGCGUUCAUUCUCCGCAAGCAGUGGCUCUUCUUCCUCGCCAUGUUCGGCGGCCUUGUCAGCUGCGUCUGGCUCACGCUCGCGCCCCGCGCCGAGGACGUCGCCCAGGAGCCGCUCCUGACUCCCACUGGCGACGGCGCCUCCGCGGACCCCGCCCGCGCGCCCGCCCGCGCGCCCUGGUACUGUCUGUCGUACCGCGGCCAGCUCGCCCUGCUCGGCUUCUUCACCUUCUGCGAGGCCUACACGCUCUCGCUCGUCACAGUCGCCUACAACUCGCAGCUUAUCCUGAGCGCCAUGCUCAUCACGGGCGUCGUGGUCGUCGCGGUCACGGCCAUGGCGCUCUCGGACCGCUUCGAGUCCACUGUCACCCACUCCAGCUCCAUCUACUACUGGCUCAACAUAGCCCUGUGGCUUCUCAUCGGCGUCGGCUUCUCGUCCCUGUUCUUCGGCAUGAACUCCACGAUCGAUCUGAUCUACAGCUGGCUCGGCGCCACGGUUUUCACCAUCUACCUCUUCAUCGACACCCAGAUGAUCUUCCGCAAGGUGUACCCGGACGAGGAGAUCCGCUGUGCGAUGAUGCUCUACCUGGACAUCAUCAACCUGUUCCUAUAUAUCCUGCGCAUCCUGGGCCGCAACCGCGACGACUGA